UCGGCGGUACUUAGGCGUUUCCCCAUUCCGGUUUCGUGUGAUUUUAUGUUUAUUUAUUUAUUUUUGGCCCUCGUCGAUUAGCGAUUUUUGUUUGGGCUGCACCUUUAUUUAAUCGGUACUCACCAUGUGCGGAUACUGUCCAGCUUUUCAAUUGGAAUGUGUGCGAGAAGUAAAUAAUGAAACCCCAAAACAAAGAGAAUGAUAGUACUUUGGUCUCUAAUCGUGCAUCUUCAAUUGACAUGCUUGCAUUUAAUACUGCAGACUCCAAAUCUUGCGGCUCUGGAUGCCCUUGAAAUAAUCAACUACCAGACCACCAAGUAUACAAUCCCCGAAGUUUGGAAAGAGCAGCAGGUGACCUUCACUGGUGAAGACGAAGAUGUCCAGGACACCGAGGUUGAGGAUAGUUAUUUAAAGUUCGACGACGAUGCCGAGCCUAGGACUCCGCUUUCGGACGGACUUCACGAGGGUGCCUUCUGCCGGCGGAGCUUCGAUGGCCGGAGUGGGUACUGCAUCCUGGCCUAUCAGUGCCUCCACGUCAUCCGGGAGUAUCGGGUGCACGGCACCCGCAUCGACAUCUGCACCCAUCGCAACAAUGUCCCUGUCAUCUGUUGUCCCCUGGCGGACAAACAUGUCCUGGCCCAGCGAAUUAGUGCCACCAAGUGCCAGGAGUACAAUGCCGCCGCCAGAAGGCUCCACUUGGCGGACACCGGACGCACAUUCUCCGGGAAGCAGUGCGUGCCCAGUGUGCCCCUAAUAGUUGGUGGAACGCCCACUCGGCACGGACUCUUCCCUCACAUGGCUGCCUUGGGAUGGACGCAGGGCAGUGGCUCCAAGGAUCUGGACAUAAAGUGGGGCUGUGGAGGCGCCCUGGUUAGCGAGUUGUACGUCCUGACCGCUGCCCACUGCGCCACCUCGGGUAGCAAACCGCCGGACAUGGUUCGCUUGGGUGCCCGUCAGCUGAACGAGACAAGCUCGACCCAGCAGGACAUCAAGAUCCUCAUCAUCGUGCUGCAUCCGAAGUACAGAUCCUCGGCAUAUUACCACGAUAUUGCCCUGCUCAAGUUGACCAGAAGGGUUAAAUUUUCGGAGCAAGUGCGUCCCGCAUGCCUGUGGCAACUGCCUGAGCUCCAGAUACCCACAGUGGUGGCCGCCGGUUGGGGACGCACCGAGUUCCUGGGCGCCAAGUCGAAUGCCCUGCGCCAGGUGGACCUGGACGUAGUUUCGCAGAUGACCUGCAAGCAGAUCUAUCGCAAGGAGCGACGUCUGCCGAGGGGCAUCAUCGAGGGGCAGUUCUGUGCGGGAUACUUGCCAGGCGGCAGGGACACCUGCCAGGGUGACUCCGGGGGUCCCAUUCAUGCCCUGCUGCCGGAAUACAACUGCGUGGCCUUCGUGGUGGGCGUCACCUCGUUUGGAAAGUUCUGUGCGGCUCCCAAUGCGCCAGGUGUUUACACCAGACUAUAUAGCUACCUGGAUUGGAUUGAGAAGAUUGCCUUCAAGCAGCACUAAUCCCACUUUAUUUUAUUUAUUAAAAAUGCUCUUUAAAAUCUUCG